AUCGUUUGAAGGCAAUCCACGAGUCUCAGUCCUAGUCCAACUGAAUAAUCAUAAUCUCCUGGGUUGCUAUGGAAUCCUCGAAGCCUCAACAGAUCUCGCCUUCGAUCGCCGGUGGAGCCCAGUUAAUCGAAUCACUUAUUGACCAUGUGGUGGCUCGGGCGGUUGAAAAGGAACGUAUAAAACACGAAGCACUCAAGUCUGAGAUUGAUGAAAAGUGGAGGCCCACCUGUGAACAACUGGAGAAGCAGCUUUUGCUUAAGAACGAUGAGAACGAAAAACUGGCUGCAAGAGUGGCAGAGCUGGAGGCUAGAUUGGAGACCCAGAAAUCAAGCAAGGACGAAUGUACCUGCCGCUCCAAAGUACCGUGCAACGUGAUCCCCAUGCCUACACCAAUGAGUCCGCCAAGUUCUACGCUGGUAGACAUUACAAUGGACGACAUUACAUUGAUUCCGGAAGAGUCCAUGUGCGUCGACGCAUACCUCACGCAAUGCGAUUCUGAGGAGGCUGCACCGUCUACCUUAACACCUGUACCAAUCCCGAAUCAUACCCUAUCCAUUGGCCAUAUGAUUAAUGGAGAGUUCAAGCCUGACAUUGAUUCCAUGACCCAGAGUCACUUCGCAUUUCAGGACCAGAUUCAUAAGGGCGCAGCUGAAGACAUAGACGUGGACGACAGUUCUCCUCCGUUCCGAAGUCGGAGUAACUUUGAGGAAGCCACUGCCAGAAAAGUUCGAGGUGCCCGAGAGGUUUAGUGUCCCGCCACUCAAAGUUACGGCAUAUGGUCCUAGCGCUGAGCCAGAAAUGUGUAUUGUAAAACAGAAAAACGGACGGUAUGUCGCGCAAGUCAAACCAUGCCCACUGCCGUUCCAGCAGUAUGGACAUGGUAUAUGAACAAGUGUUUCAAACUGUUAAUUUCUUGGAGAAGCACUUGUCUCUUGAUCUGAUGCUCUC